CGGCCGCGCCGCCGAGUGAGGCGGGCCCCCGGCGGCAGCGGAGCCCCGCCGCUGAGGGCCGAGGCUGCGGGGCGCGGCGCUGGAGGGCCGGAAGCAACAACUUUAUAUGGCUCAUGUCUGACAACAUGCACCACCAGUGGCUGCUGCUAGCUGCAUGCUUUUGGGUGAUAUUCAUGUUCAUGGUUGCUAGCAAGUUUAUCACAUUGACUUUUAAAGACUCAGAUGGCUACGGUGCCAAGCAAGAGCCAUUGAUACUGACAGCUGUGACAAAAGUGGAGGAGGUACCUGUGCCAGAGGAGAAACAUUGGCCUGAAGAAUUCCAGCCAACUGGAAAAGCUUUUUCUGGAAAUCUGAUCCGCCAGCCCCUGGUUCAUAUGGAAAGACUUGAGCUUCUCAGGAAUGUCUGCAGAGACACUGCAUUGAGAAAUCUCUCUCACACUGCAGUUUCCAAAUUCGUCUUGGACCGAAUAUUUGUGUGUGACAAGCACAAGAUCCUGUUUUGUCAGACGCCAAAAGUGGGCAACACUCAGUGGAAAAAAGUCUUGAUCGUUUUAAAUGGAGCAUUUUCUUCCAUAGAAGAGAUCCCAGAAAAUGUUGUACAUGAUCAUGAGAAGAAUGGCCUUCCACGCUUGUCCUCCUUCAGUGACUCUGAAAUUAAAAAACGACUGAAUUUAUACUUCAAGUUUUUUAUUGUUAGAGAUCCAUUUGAAAGACUUAUUUCUGCAUUUAAAGACAAGUUUGUGCACAAUCCUCGGUUUGAACCUUGGUACCGGCAUGAAAUUGCUCCUGGCAUCAUUCGUAAAUAUAGAAAGAAUCGCACAGAGACCAAAGGGCUGCAGUUUGAGGAUUUUGUGCGCUAUCUGGGUGACCCUAAUCACCGAUGGCUGGACGUUCAGUUUGGUGACCACAUCAUUCAUUGGGUAACGUAUGUGGAACUUUGCGCCCCCUGUGAAAUCACGUAUAGUGUGAUCGGACACCAUGAAACCCUGGAGGACGAUGCUCCGUAUAUCUUGAAAGCAGCUGGCAUAGACCAUCUGGUAUCAUACCCCACGAUUCCACCAGGCAUAACAGUGUACAACAAAACAAAAGUAGAGCGGUAUUUUUCGGGAGUUAGCAAGAGAGACAUAAGACGCCUCUACGCGCGGUUUGAAGGCGAUUUUAAACUCUUUGGUUAUCGGGAGCCAGAUUUCUUGCUUAACUGACGCCUAGGAUAAGCUCUGAAGAAGUGUCUCAUGGAUUAAUCUAAACCUGCGUGAAUACCAGCUGCAACACUGACAGAGCUGAGAAUGACCAUUUGUUUUCUAGCUUUUUGAUGUUGCUCCAUUUUUCAGUGAAAUAUUUGUCAUAUGAACAAGUAGGGGCUUAUAGUUGUUGUUUACUGACCAUGUUUUCAAUAUGUGACACUGCAAUCUGUUAGGAAUGAAGUCUCUGUUAUCUGAAAUGCAGAGUUCCACUUCUCCCCUCUUCCCUCCAGGAAAAAAGAGGGAGACCGAAUCUUCCCCUCCUUCUCCCAGACAGAAUGCCAUUUUUAAAAUGUUGUGAAGUAUUUAUAAAGAUGGCAAUUUCACUGUAGGUUAACUCUGACAUGUGCGUGAACUUGAUGAUUCAUGCUCAUGAGAAAGGCAUGUACUCUCCCAUGAGCUUUGAAAAUGAGAGGCCAGUACAGGACUAAAAAUUGAUUAAAUGCUUGACAAAUAAAAUCAUCUAAGUUCGGUCAUGUGGCUGCUAUAAUAACAGUAAUGCUGAUCUAAUCCCAUUCUUGUUUGUCACAAAAUGAACCUAAUUAGACAGAAGCUUUAGAGGUGUUAAAAAAGGGACUGGUUCCAGAGCCCAGUUGUCUUUGUAUUUUUGUCAAGUGUUUACUGUACUUACUACUGAUCUGUUGAGCCUCAUAAUUCUACUUUUGAUUUUCAAGAUACUACUUAACUCCUGGCUAUGUAAGUUAUCUGAGAACACCAGAUGCAAAUGGAGCAUAGAAGAAAUAUGAAACUGCUAGGGAAACUUUAAGGAAAAUUAAUUUAAAAUAAAGUAUUGUAUUUGCGGGAGCACUUAUAGAAAUCACGAGAUGCUCUCACACAAUUUAACUUGUUUUGUCUUCUAACAGUUAAGAUUAAUAAAGAAGCCACAAAAGCGGGAUGUCGUAUAAAAGAGCUGCUAGAGUUACUUGGAUUAACGAUCUACCUUUUUCUUAUGUCCAGCCUUGCUCAAUGUUCAGUACCUCAGAGAACAGAAAAUUUACCCCCCUCUGAAAAUUCAUCUCCCUACUGCUAAAGGAGACAGGAUGAAUCCCUGAUUUUUCCAGUGAUUCACUGCUGUGGUGUCCCGACUCAAAAAUGCCCAACAUUUGUGUUACCAAUGGGGUGAGUUGGCUACUUGCCAGGAGUUUGAAUGUCACUUAAAUUUAUGUACCCAUUUUAUGCAUUUAAAAAAAGGAAAACCAGAACUAAAUGGAUGCAGCCAUCAUAUUUGCCUGUGCUUGCAUUGUGUCUCAUAAAGAGCAGUCUCUUGUUUGAGUUCACCAGCAAUAAAAAUCAGUGCGCCGCCACCUCAUCCCGCAGGCUAUGGGAGAGAGAGACCACGUAUCUGAAAUACAGGAAUUGGUCUGUCAUAGUAAGCAUGUGAACUGUGUUUUUUAAAUCUUAGUCCCAAAGAUUAGUUUUCAGAUCAGCAUAAUGUUGCUGGCUAGAAAUGCUAAUGAUGGCCAGUGCUAUGGAAUCUGCUUUUAAAUCCAGCCACAGUAUGUUUUUGGUAGCUUCCUGUAUCAACACAAGGAAGCAUCUUGCACUUGGAAAAAGGAAAGCUGUGCCAAGCUGACAUGUGCUGCUACCCACAAAAAGGAAGCCCUGUUGUAGCUGGAAAUUAUUUCAGAAAGAUCUCAACAGACUAAUUGAAAUAAGGGAGAAUCAUUAACUGGGCAUCGUUAGCAAGAGAAUAGUCCAGGGUGACAAAGCUGAAAGGUGGGAUUUUUUUGAAAAAAAUUUUUUUUUAAAACAACAAUUACAGUGCCCUAACUUGUUAGUUCUUAACCAAUGAUAAAAAGAUGUUAACAGCUCCAGGUUUUUCUGUGAUUUUCUUAAUAUGGGAACUUAGCAAAAUGUACUGUUAAAUGCAUUUUGGAGCUAAUGACCUGAUUGAUUACCUCUCUGCUGAUUUAAAAUGUAACAGUGAAUAAUGUAUAGUAAAUUCAGGCCUUAAAGUUUAAUUCUAAUAAAGAUAAAGUAGAAUUGUUUUCCUCUGAAAGCAUAAGCUACUGAUCACACAGAAUGCCAAUGUAUGUUUUUAUUUUUCUUGGUAAAUUACUUAAUGUAUCGAUUGCUUAAAAAUUGCCAGGUGGAA